ACAAUCGUUACGCGUAAGUGAAUUUGUCAAAAGAAAUGAAUGCUGAAUAUAUCAAGAUUCAUGAAGAGAAAGAUUACUUGCAAUUUUAUAAUCCAACAAAAAUUGGUCCAUCUUCUUCUUCUUCUCUUCUUCCUCGUCGAUUCCUUUCUUAUAUAAUCCUCAUCGCCACAACUUCAACGAUCGAAUCCAAAAGUAUUAUGCGAAGAAUUUGAAAUGAGCAAUCGGGGUGGACUCCUUCGAAUUCGCCUGUUGCGAGGCCACAAUCUCGCCAUUCGCGAUGCUCCAACUCGUAGCAGCGAUCCCUACGUCGUCAUCACCUGCGCUAACCAGAAAUUCAAAUCUCGCGUGGUGAAAAAGAACUGCAAUCCAGAAUGGAACGAGGAAUUCACACUUUCGAUUGCAGAUAUCAACACACCAAUCAAAUUAGCGGUGUUCGACAAAGAUAGAUUCACAAAGGACGAUGGAAUGGGCGAUGCCGAGAUCGACAUAAAACCAUACAUAGAAUGUAUGAAUAUGGGAUUAGAGAAUCUCCCAAAUGGUUGUGUAGUGAAAAGAGUUCAACCAAGCAGAUCAAACAGCCUUGCAGAUGAGAGCCCUUGUGUUUGGAAUGAUGGUAAGAUCAUCCAAGACAUGACUCUUAGAUUGCAGAAUGUUGAAUGUGGUGAGAUCAUGAUCCAGAUUCAGUUGUUCAAUGUUUCUAUUUUCAAAGGCCGACGAACCUACUCUUUAGCCUGAACAAACUCUGCCUCUGCCUUUGCUUUUAUGAUUCGUUCUUCGUUGUCGUCUUCUGCUUCUUCUUCUCUGUUUCCUCAUCAACAUCAAGUUCAGAUUUUUUAACCAUUUAAUUUGCUUGUAAAUGUAGAUUGUCAUUUUGUUGGUAUAAUUGUGAAAUGGUAUUAUACUAUUGUUUGAGUUUGAGUGUGUACUUGGAACAAUUCUUGUUUUUGACCCUCGAGAAUUCUUGGUUUACUUGAAUGCCUUUGUUGUGGUGGUUAUUCAUUUUUC